AUGGAUGAGAGACAUCGAGAUGAUGUGCAAGACGACAUAAUUUUUUUUUUUUUUAACUCACCAGAAAGAUUAAAUCUGAAGCACUAUAAGGAACAUUUUUUAGAGGAUCAGAAACGUUAUAAUCAUAGCUUUGGCAAAAUGACUAAGUUGGUUCAUAAUGUGCAAAAAAAGCAGCAUCGAGAGAGGUCUCAGCCCCAAGAGAGAGCUAGGCUUGGACUUUUAGAGAAGAAGAAGGAUUAUAGAUUGAGGGCAGCUGACUAUCAUAAAAAACAAGCAGCAUUAAAGGCAUUGAGGAAAAAGGCAACAUACCACAAUCCAGAUGAAUACUAUCAUUCUAUGACAAGAAAUAAGGCCGAUAAUAGGGGUAUCCUUAUUGCUGACCGUGGAAAUGAAGCACUUUCCGUUGAACAAGUUAAAUUAUUGAAGUCACAGGACGCUAAUUAUAUAAGGACAAUGAGGCUAAAUGAGUCUCUGAAAAUCAGGAAACAGAAAGAAGAUUUAAACUUCAAGGCUAAUGGAAAACAUACUGUUUUCGUGGACUCUUUUGAAGAACAAAAGAACUUCAAACCUGAAGAAUAUUUUCAAACAGAUAAAAGUAUGCUCAAAAGGAGGGAAAAUAGGUUAAAGUUGGAUCAACUAGAGUCUAAUGAAAGGAUUGUAGACGAUGGUUUGUUUGACAAUCCUAUUAUCAAGGAGAGAGAAGACUUAAAGAAACUAAAAAAAUUUAAACUUUUGAAAAGUCGAAUGGAUAGAGAAAGACAGUUGGGUGAAGUAGAAUCAAAAAUGGAAAUGACUAAGGAGCUUAUGAAAAAGGGAAACAAAAAGAAGAUAACCGAUAAGAAUGGUAAUAUUCAAUUCAAGUGGAAAAACCAAAGAAAACGAUAG